AACGAAGUCGGUCUGUGGGGUUUCAUCCCACUCAGCGGACGCCAGCAACUUAUAUUUAAAAAUUUAACUCUUUCAGGAGUCCACAUACAAUCAACCAAACAUUUUUAAAUUCUUUUUUAUUCGCAGGAAUUAUUUGUUCUUUCAUUCACCUGAUAUUUCUUAAAAAAAAGGACAAAAUUCGUUCAUUCGAUCGAUCGAUAAGCUAGCUCGUUCGCUUUGCAUCGCGUAAAUUUUUAUUUCCGCUGCACUGCACGGCAUUGCUUAUCAUUUUUUCUAGGGUUUUUAGGGUUUCAGUUUUUUUCCUCUAGGUCAAAAUGUACGCUGUAUCGCAGCCCCAGCUUCAGCAGCAAGGAGUUGCAGGGGGGGCAGUUGGGACGGCAGAUCAGCAACUGCAAUUGAGAUUGAAGCAACAACAGCUCAUGCAGCAGGCCAUGCUUCAGCAACAGCAGGGGCUUUAUCAUCCUGGUCUUUUGCAACCCAUCUCUCAGAUUGAGCCAAUUCCAAGUGGAAAUCUGCCACCCGGGUUUGAUUCAAGUUCAUGCCGCAGUGUUUAUGUGGGUAACAUACAUGUGAAUGUCACAGAAAGUCUCCUGGCAGAGGUUUUUGGCAGUAUUGGUCCACUUGAAGGAUGCAAGCUCAUCAGAAAGGAUAAGUCAUCUUACGGGUUUGUAGACUACUUUGAUCAUAGAUCAGCUGCAAAUUCCAUUUUAAGCCUUAAUGGAAGGCACAUAUUUGGUCAGCCAAUUAAGGUCAACUGGGCCUAUGCAAGUGGGCAAAGAGAAGACACGUCAGGUCAUUACAGCAUUUUUGUUGGGGAUCUCAGUUCAGAGGUUACAGAUGCUACACUUUUUGCUGCCUUCUCUAUAUACCCAAGUUGUUCAGAUGCUAGGGUCAUGUGGGAUCAAAAGUCUGGAAGAUCAAGGGGAUUUGGUUUUGUUUCCUUCAGAAAUCAGCAGGAUGCUGAUAAUGCAAUUAAUCAGAUGACUGGAAAAUCCCUUGGCAGUCGGCAGAUUCGUUGUAAUUGGGCCACCAAAUCAACCUCUGGAAACCCGGGGGAUGACAAACAGAACACUGAAGCACCAUUUGCUUCAAAUUCUGCAAUCACUGUUUCUGCUAAUUCUGGUGAUGCACAAGCCCCAGCAGCUGCUCAGCCAAAAAGUGUCACUCAAGCCUCUGGACCUGAAAACAAUCCUCAAUUUACCACAGUUUACAUUGGCAACCUUUCCAGUGAUGUCACCCAAUCUGAACUACAUAGGCAGUUCCUUGCAUUGGGUGUGGGUAUUAUAGAGGAUGUUCGCAUUCAAAGAGAAAAAGGUUUUGGAUUUGUGCGGUAUCGUACUCAUGAAGAAGCUGCUUUGGCUAUUCAGCUGGGUAAUGGAAAAAUUAUCUGCGGAAAAUCAAUCAAGUGUUCUUGGGGUAGCAAACCCACUCCUCCAGGAGCCACAUCCAGUCUUCCUUCUGCAUCAAUACCUUUUCAAGGUGUGGUUGCUCCAGGGCUCAAUCAAACCUAUACAGCUGCUGAUCUUCUUGCUUACAGGCAAUUGAACAUGAGUCAGGCAGGAGCAGGGCAGCCUUUAUUGCCACUCUCGGCUCAGCAAGGAAUGGGACUGGGUCUGGGACAUGGGCCUAUGGGAAUGGUCGGUGCUGCAAGCAAUCAAAGCAUUUAUGAUAACUUCCAAGCUGGAGCUGGAGUACCAGCUGCAGCUGCGGCUGCUGCCGCAGCUGCCAUGAGGCAACAACUUAUGUAUUAUCAGUAAUGUUGUCUAAGUGUGUAUUUUUGAAAUACCUGCCCCCUCAAUAGGUUUUGCAGUCUCUACUAGUUUGAUUUCCUAAUGAUGGUUUUUAUAGCGAGAAGUAGCAAACUAGAGUAUAUGUUUUGUAACUGAUGUACACAUUUUAAUUCUGAAUUACUUUUAAUAUUGUUAUUUGAAUUUGAAACUCUUUAUGCAAUUGAAAAUUUAGAGGAA